AUGUCUGAGGUCGUCUCAAGACCAGCUGCCUCGCGCGGCAGAGGCUCUGGUCGCGGCCGUGGCGGUGGAUUCUCGACCCGGGGAGGAGGGCGCGCCGUCAGCCGCCAGUCGCCUGCCAAUAGCGAGGCCAAGCACGACGCAGACUCGGCGAUGCCCACCCUAGAGGACGAGGGCGAGGUUGCAGAGCUCAAGGCGAAAUACGGCGACAAGCUCGCCUUCUUCGAGGAAAUGUUCCCAGAGUGGUCUGCACUCGACAUUCUCUAUGUUCUACAGGAUACAGAUGGCGAUGAACUCGAGACAGCCACCCGCAUCUCUUCAGGAACCUCCAAAUGGGGCGAGGUCUCCAAGUCGAAGAAGGAGCGCACUCGAACCAAAGGGAAGGGCGACACGUUUACCACCACCACUGGCGACGUCGCUCCAGGAGCUGCGCGAACAACUCGAGGCGGACGCCUGGGUGCAGAGGCAGGUCGCGGUCGCGGCAGAGCUACCGAGCGCGGUGGCCGUGGUGGCGGCCGUGGUAAAUCGACCCACGCCGCAACCAAUGGCACUCGCAAUGCUGAAACCGUACCUCUAUCUGUCCCUACUAAAGACGCUCCGGAGUGGGACGCUCCCAAAGUUGCCGACGAGGCGGCUCCAUGUGGCGAUUCGACCGCGACUUGGGAGACGCCUGCGACACAAGCAGAGACUGCUUCUGCUGUCGCUCCAGUUUCUGUCGCGCCCGUUGCCACUCCUAAGGCCAGUGUCAUCCCCGAGGGUACUCAAAAGACAUGGGCUAGCAUGUUGAGACAAUCGACUGCCCCGAAGCCGGCCCCGAAACCGAAGGAAGCUCCCGUCUCUAAGCCUUCAGAGCCUGUUACUGAACCCGUGUCUGUUCCCGAGCCAGUUGAGCUUGAUGCUGAGCCACCCGCGGCUGCCGAGGAACCAGUGCCCGAGGCUCCCAAAGAGCCAACUCCUGCUCCUCCAACUGAGCUUCCCGCAGUAGUUAUUCCCGACGUGAUUCUCGCACCGAAGGAUCAGCUCACAGAGGCCAAUCUCGAACAAGUUCCCGACAAUUCCCACCCUCCCAAGACAGAGACUUCUGCAAGUGAAGCUGCUGAUUCUUGGGACCCCCGCGCCCCGGCGCCCAGCUCUACCGCCACACCCAUUUCGGCUUCGCAACACCAACAUCAGCAGGCUUCGCGUAUUCCCGCCAGUGGUUUCGCCGCGACCGCCAGCAAGGCAACGGACCGAGCGGCAAACCGCACACCCAACUUCCCCCGUCGUAUUCUCGAUCAGCUGGAACCUGUUCGCAUGCCCGGAAAUCGCGACCAGGUCGAUCGCGCCGCUGUUCAAUUUGGCGCAUUUAGUCUCAACGGUCCGAUUGACGAGGAUAUUGACGGCGAUCGGGAGGAGCCAGAGACUCGCCCCCAGCCUCCAGAGGAUUCCCCAGUUGCCCAUCCGCGAACGUCGCUCCCCCCUGCGGCUCCCGCCCCGGUCCCAGAGGCUUUCUCGGCUCAAAAGCCCGUCUCUUCACUCCCCCCCACCGGUCCUGCUGCCGCUACCACACCCACUCCUCAGAAUAACAUCCCGGUUGCCCCGCAGGCUCCACAGCCGUCUGCCCCUCAGAAUGGCCAGUUCGGUCGUUUUGGCCAGCCCACUCCCCAGGAGCCUGCAUCGUUCCCUACGUCAAAACCCUUCGAUAGCUUCAGUCAGCAGCAGCAGGCUCCGGCCGCCCAGCACCAGUUCGAGACUGGCUUCCCGAGCCAGGGACAGGCUGUGCAACCGCAGGUCCAGCAGCAACCUGGCGGCGCCUUCAGCUCGGCCCCAAGCGAAUACACCUCGUACUACACGGCCGAUCCGCAAAACCGGAACGCGUAUAACAACUAUUAUAACCAAAACUUUGCCCAACAACAGGGGGCCCAGGGACAGCAAGAGGGUCUGCCAUCGCAGGGCCAGCGGUCUUUCAGCGGGUAUACCGCGCCCCAGGCCGACAAUUUGAGCCAGUACCCCCAGAGCGGCGCCCAGCAUGGCCAAUCGCGCUUUGGCUCGGGUGCGACCGAGGCACAGGUCGGCGGUGCCCCAACGCCAACCCAGGCGACGACUCAGGGCCAGGCCAACCAGGCUCAGCCUCAUGGCCAGCAGCAACUCCACGAGUACCCCUAUAAUUCUCACCCCUAUUACAACAGCCCGUACUACUCGACGUUUAUGGGCUACCAGGCCAACCAGGGCACCAGUUACAACCAGAGUGCUUAUGGUCAACCCUAUGGCAAGGGCGGUCUGGGAUACCAGCCGAACCAGUACGGUGUUUCCCCCCAGGGACCCCAUGGUUAUGGGGCCUCACCCGCUGCGGGCUUCAGCCAAACUACCCUUCACCGAGAUGGCGGCGUCAGCGCUGGACUGGGCGAGUAUGGACGUGUAGCAACGGCCCAGUCAGCCCAGCAGCCGACUCUCGGCGCCGGCGGAUUUUCCGGGAUGCAUGACGCUUUCGGACGCGGUGCCUCUGCCUACCAGUCGCAGGCCGGACAGUCUUUCGCUGCGGCAGGCUCUCAGCCUGGCGGUGUUCCGUCAGCAGCCGACGACCUGAAGCCAUUCGGAGAUGCCAAGGUCGCCGGCGGACCGAGCCCUUCGCUCGCCAAUGCUGUUCGUCCUGGUUCAGCUGCCAACAACGGGCCCUCUCAAACCGGUCUACCGCCCCCGCAGUCCAACCAGCAGGGGCUUGGAGGAGUUGGUGCAUAUGGUGGCUACCCAAGCCAGCUGCCAGGACAUGCCCUUCACGGCAACCAGUCCGGUGCUGCCGGAUACAGCGUCAGCGCCACUGGAGCGCAGACACACCAGAACAGCUACGGUGGUUACGGAGGGCAGGGCUUCGCAAGCUAUUACGGCAACCCCCCUCGUGGCUGGGGAAACAACUACAACAAUGGACAACACUAG